AUGGCAUAUGCGAAUGACAUAAGAAAAUUUUUCACUAAACACAUGGUUAAUGAGAAUCUGGGUACGAUCUGCAAUGUUCAUGUGGUUCACGCUGACCUCAGUGAAUAUGGAGCAUUGGAUGAGAAGUGCAUCAAAUUGGCAGAGCUUGUUGCCACAACAGUUGAUUUCCCCAAAACUGGAAAGAUUGUCACCAUGCCAUUUGAACUCAAACCGAAAAUGUAUCCCUACUUUAUGGAGAACGAGGAAUUUCAGUCGUACAAGUCAGAAAAAAUUUUGGGCAAGCUAUACUGCCAAGUCAUAGAUGCUAAUGACAAAGAAGUGGUAGAGCUAAAAUUUGUUCCUCAAGACAUUCUUUAUGAUGCAGACCUUCACAUCCCCGGAUCCACAAAUUUCAUUACCGAUGCGUGGAGCCAUAAGUGCUCCUAUGGUGGGCAGCUAAAUGGACUUGUGGGACUGUAUAAAGUGCGCAGAGAGGAAGAGAUUGUGACUGGGCACAUUUGGUCCCUGCCAUAG